AUGCUCUUCGUAAUUCUAUUAUGGUUGAAAAUAUUACACUCGUGUUCAGCUGACGAUUCGAGUCAUCCAAAAACAACAAUAUGCGUAAAACGAAAUUUCCUCAACGUCGACUCGCCCAUAUCCACAGAUAGCAGUACCUUCCUAGAAUUCGUCAAUAAAAGCGAUAUUUACAUCGAUAGAAGUUUACUAAUAAAAGAAAUACUGAAAGUGAGACGUCCUCUUAUAAGGAUCACUUACCCGAGAAAAUGGGGAAAAAGCACGUGUCUUCAUAUGCUGAAAACCUUUUUCGAACUAGACACCGAAGUAUUGAAAAACAAAUCCAUCGAGUACCCUUUGUUGACGGAAAGACCAUCGUAUAAAUAUUUCACACAAGGUAAAAUCUCCUCGACUAAUUCCAAUUCCAGUCAAGAGUUGAAGAACCCGCCACUCAUUUCGAACUACGAACACAUCAUCGCGAAGUAUCUAGGUAAAUAUCCGGUCAUAUAUUUGGAUUUGAGCGACUGCAAAGGAAAAAAUAUUGAAAUUCUACUGGGUAAGAUAGAACAAGCGUUCAACAAAACGUACCAAGAGCAUUCGUACUUGAAAGACGCGAUUACAAAUUCGAAACCUAGAAGACUGAUGAACUCUCUGUUGACCAGCGCGCAUUAUAACGAGUCUAUGAUAAUCACAUCUUUACGUUUCUUGAGCAGGAUGCUGUGUAAAUACAAUGAUAAAAAAUCAUUCAUCUUUAUCGAUGGUUAUGAUACGAUUAUAAAUGAAGUACACUUCGGCACAAAUUCAAAAUUCGAACCCGAGGAUAAAGAAAGAAUAGUUAACUUGUUAGUCAAACUGCUUCAGAACACUUUCAUCGACAAUGAUUUCUUGGAGAAAGGUAUCAUCACGGGUGUCUUCGAAGUACUGCAGCAUAAAUGUUUCAACAGCACGAAAUACGUGAAACCGUUCAACUUGCUGAAUCCUUCGGAAUUCUUCGCACUGGAUGAAAACGUAGUCCGGCAGAUCUUUCAACAAAUGAAUUUACCAUCUGAAUUGAGUGAAAAGGCCAUCCACUGGUAUGGUGGGUACAAGAUGAAUGAAAAUCAAUACUCACUUCUAAAUCCUCGAUCAGUAGCUGAAUUCUUGAGAACUAAACAACUGGCUUGUGUCUGGAGUGGAACGUUUUUGCAGGAGUUAUUAUUCAAUUUGAUGGUGAAAAACGAUCAUGUCGCUUGUACACUUAGAUCACUCAUAGAAGGAGCUCGUAGAAGUAUUUCAAUUCCUGAUCUAGAUUUUAAUGAAGAAGAAUUAGCCGAAUUGGGUACAAUUGUCAAUGGAUCGUUGCUGUUCCGAAGUUUCGACGAAAAAAUUCAUACGUUAUUGUUUUCUUACUUGUAUGCGGCCGGAUUCCUUACUUUGAGCGAAGAUAUCCAAAUUAUCAAACAGAAAUUGCACGUUUCUUUGAGAAUACCAAACGAAGAAGUAUCCAGAGCUGUUUCUUUGUACAUUGAUGAAUUCUGCGCUGCAAUGAAUUCCACCACUACGACACCAAGGCCCACUGAAUUUUAUUACGAUGAUACGUUCGUAAUGCCGGUUAUUCUAGAAAAAGAAGCUAUGAGGAUAAGUCAUAAACCAAGAGAGUAUAAGCUCAUUUAAUGGAAGAAUGGAACUUACCGGUGUAAGUUGACUGACGGCAAGAUGAUUGAUAAUGAUAACACUGGAUCGUUUUGCGUUAAAAAAUGUUACCAAUUCAACGGUGCAAAAAGUACUGCAGUUUGAGCACGUCCCAUCUUGGCCUUGGCUGCCGGGUGCCAUCUGCCCCUCUGGCUCUGUCAUAUUGAAACUUCGAAACACUUUUGGCAAAAAUUAACGAUUUGUCGAAUUGAUAAAAGCCAUUGAAAUUGUAUGCUGGUUUCCAGUGAAUCAAAUAAGAAAUUCGAGACGAUCAAGCCAAGACACAGGUGAUUUAGAAAAUAAAGCUGCACCAUUGACCCAAAACGUAGACCUAUUAAAAGAUUUCUCCGCUAUGAUAUCGUAAUUUAUUAUCAAAUGAUUCAACAUUAUUCAUCAAUUGUUCUUGAUCAAUUUUGUACUUAAUAAAUUCUGUUGAUGUCCA